AUGUCGCCGCCUCCUUCGGCAAAAGCCAAGCUCCCCGCUGCGGCAGAUCAGUACACUUCGGCAACACUAGACGCUGAAUCGCGCAACGAGAUCUACAAGAUCCUCAUACAUGAAGGCUACGUGGAGAAAAUCCAAGAGAGGCUCCUUCAUAGACUCCACUCCGACCCUUCGAACUGGCCCACUACCUUGGAACAACGGGGAAUUGACAUGCUGCGGAAUGGGGAGGCCGAUACCUUUCCAAAGCUCAUCAAGAAGAUCUUGGAGGAAGUUAGGCACGACACCCAGGCCAAGAAUAGCAAGGACGCCAAGAAUGGCGAGGUAAACGGCGCGACGACCAACGGCAAGUCCAAGGCUGUCAAUGGAGCUGGACCGGCAGAAAACGGCCUCGCAUUGCCGACCGAUGUCGUACAAGACUUGGUCAGAUACACAAAGGAGCUGCUCAAGGAAGUCAUGGAAACCGACGAUAGCGAUGACGGGACGUAG